UAAUACUCAGUCUCCUCUUGGCCACCGGUGAGGGAGGGUGUGCUGGCUGUUUCGGAUUGGGUUUUAUGUUUAUUGUAUAGAACUUAAGAACAUAGACGUGCAAGAUGCCCGUGUUUCACACCAAGACCAUCGAGGGCAUCCUGGAGCCCGUGGCCCAGCAGGUGUCGCGGCUGGUGAUCCUGCAUGAGGAAGCCGAGGAUGGCAACGCGAUGCCCGAUCUGGAGAAGCCUGUCAUGGCGGUGUCCAAGGCUGUCGUCAACCUGGUCAAGGUGGGCCGAGAGACCAUCAACAGCAGUGAUGACCCCAUCCUGAAACAGGACAUGCCAGCAGCCCUGCAUCGGGUGGAGAGUGCCUCAAAGCUGCUGGAGGAGGCGUCAUCAUUGCUCAAGGCUGAUCCUUACUCCCAGCCGGCAAGGAAGAAGCUGAUAGAGGGUGCGCGAGGCAUCCUGCAGGGCACUUCAGCACUACUGCUGUGCUUUGAUGAGUCUGAGGUGAGGAAGAUCAUCCGUGAGUGCAAGAAGGUCCUGGACUACCUGGCAGUGGCUGAGGUCAUCGAGACCAUGGAGGAUCUGGUGCAGUUUGUCAAGGACUUGUCUCCCUGCCUGACUCGGGUGUCCCGGGACGUGGACGCACGGCAGCAGGAACUGACGCACCAGGUGCACCGAGAGAUCCUGAUGCGCUGCCUGGAGGGAGUUAAGACACUCUCCCCCAUCCUCAUCUGCUCUAUGAAGAUAUUCAUUCAGAUCUUCCACCAGGGAGGCAAAGGCAUCGCUGAGGCUGCUGAGAACAGGAACUACCUUACAGGGCGGAUGACGGAUGAGAUCAAUGAGAUCAUCCGAGUGCUGCAGCUCACCACCUACGAUGAGGAGGAGUGGGACGCAGACAACCUGACUGUCAUGAAGAAAGCCCUCAAUGCCAUAGAUGGCAAGGCGCAGGCUGCCCAUGACUGGCUGCAGGAUCCCACAGCACUGCGGGGAGGCAUUGGAGAGAAGUCCUUGCGGCAGAUCCUCGCCCAGGCCGACAGAGUUGCUGACAGAUCACUGCCGACUGACCGCGAUGUCAUCAGGAAACUCUCAGGAGACAUUUCCUCCAUGACCGACGCCUUGUGUGAGCUGAGGCAGGAUGGCAAGGGAGCCACACCUCAGGGCCAGAGCCUGUCCCGCAGCAUCGGGGAGAAGCUUAAUGAGCUGAGUGGUGCCAUCUCUCGUGCGGUGAACAAUGUGGAGCGCAGCGGUGUGCAGCAGCCAGCACACACUGUAGCGGGGCGGCUGGAGCAGGCGCAGCGUUGGCUCAACAACCCUUCCAUGGAUGACAAGGGUUUGGGGCAGCAGGCCAUUGGCCUCAUCGUGGAAGAGGGCAAGAAGGUUGCAUCGGGACUGACUGGCCCGGCAAAGUCUGGUAUCCUUGCGCUGUGUGAGGAGGUAGACAGCCUCUCCCAGCAGCUGUCUGAGAUGUGCCGCCGUGGCCAGGGAGAGACGCCCCAGGCGCAGGCAGUGGCCAGGGCACUCUCCUCCAAACUGAAGGAGCUGAAGGACAAGAUCCAGACGGCCGUGGUGGACAGAGUGGUGGAGGACUUUGUGGACAUCACCACACCCCUCAAGCAGUUCACUGAUGCAGCGAUGGCACCUGAGGGCACACCGGGUAGGGAGCAGACCUUCGACAACAAGGCAAACAACCUUGCAAACUUCAGCAACCGUGCUGCCAAGACGGCACUCAUGGUCGCUGCGGGAAGCUCUGGCAGCAACAAGAAGCUUACUGAGGCUCUGCUGGCAUCUGCUGGACAGGUGGAGAGCCUCACCCCUCAGCUGGUCGCCGCUGGCCGCAUCCGUAUGACAUACCCAACCAACAAGGCGGCUGACGAGCACUUUGAGAACCUGCGUCGCCAGUACGCUGAGAGCAUCCAGAAAGUGAGGGACCUAGCGGACGAGGCCACUGACUCAGCUGCAUUCAUCAAGGCUUCAGAGGAUCUGAUCAAGAAGCACACGGCUGCCUGUGAGGCUUCCAUACAGAACCAUGAGCCGCAGGCCAUGGUGGACAACACCAGUGCCAUCGCCCGCCUGGCCAACCGUGUGCUGAUGGUGGCCAAGCAGGAGGCCGACAACUCUGAGGACCCAAGCUUUGUGGCCAAGGUCAAUGCUGCCUCGGAUCAGGUGCAAGUCGCCGUGACGCCUAUGGUGCAGAAUGCCAAGGAUGUGGCCAUGAACCCCGACGACCAGCGGGCCAUCGGCAGGUGGCGACAGUCCAACCACGCUCUGCUGAGUGCGGUGGGUGAGGUGCGGCGAGCAGUGAUGGUGUAUCCUGACGAGCCGGCCAUCCCGCCCCCACCUGACAUGUCCUCUCUUACCCUCAAUGCGCCACAUUAUUUUUUGGAUGAGACAGAUGUUGGGCCAAGCAAUGGACACACGAUGCUGGGCUCCCAUCCUGUUCUGUAUUCUGAGCUAGUUGGUGGUGGUGUUGGUGUUGGUAGUGGUCAGGCUGGGGUGGGUGCAGCCCCCAGCACUGCCCUGGACCACCUUCACUCCUUCCACUCUCCACAUGCCAGCCUGGCGGCGGCCAGGCACAGAUGGAGCAGAGGGGAGCCGUCAGAGACUCAAUAUGACAGCUACACAGACGAUGAGCUGCCCACGGACCCUUUCCCCUGCUACAGAGAUCAGGCACCACCACGCCCACCGCUGCCCGGUGGGGAGAAGGCUCCUCCCCCCCGUCCCCCUCCACCAGAGACUGAUGAUGAAGAAGAGACCAAAAUGUUCAGUGAAGUGCCGCAGCCCAACCAGCCCAUUAUGAUGGCGGCACAUGGUCUGCACCAGGAGGUGAAGCAGUGGUCAUCCCGGGACAAUGAGAUCAUUGCAGCUGCCAAGAAGAUGGCACUGCUUAUGGCUCAGCUGUCACAGCUGGUGCGGGGCGAGGGUGGCACCAAGAAGGACCUGAUCGCCUGUGCCAAGGCCAUUGCUGAGGCCUCUGAGGAAGUGACCCAGCUGGCCAAGGACCUGGCCAGGGAGUGCACUGACAAGAGGAUGAGGACGAAUCUGUUGCAAGUGUGUGAACGCAUCCCCACCAUUGGGACGCAGCUCAAGAUUCUGUCCACAGUGAAGGCCACCAUGCUCGGGGCUCAGGAGUGCUUCCCUCGACGUGAAUCGGAGAUCGAGAUCCUGAUUGGGUCCAGCUCGGAGGAGGACCAGGAGGCUACAGAAAUGUUGGUGGGUAAUGCGCAGAACCUGAUGCAGUCGGUGAAGGAGACGGUGCGUGCCGCAGAGGCUGCCUCCAUCAAGAUCCGCACGGAUGCUGGCAUCAGGCUGCGUUGGGUGCGCAAGCAACCGUGGUACCAAUACUAGUGCACCACUCUGUUGCUGCUGCUGCUGCUCGGCUCUGCUUUGUGUAUUACUCUACCCACAACUUGUAUAGAUAUACAGUAUACACAAGUAUAUAGCAAAAUAAAAGAGGUCUAUUUUAUAUUGAAUUCAAAGAAUAUAUUAUAACUGUCUGAUGGGCAUUAUUGUUUAGCUAUCAAGUCUGCUUGAUUUGCUGUGUCAGGGAGGCUGUGCAGGCAGUGCCCUUAGGGAGGUACCUGCCAGGGUCCCUGAGUGUCAGGGAGGCUGUGCAGGUGGCACCUCGGGGCAGGCACCUGACUGGGAGCUUGUAGCUAAAUGGUGUGCCUGGAGAGAGGAAAUGAAGGCUCUCACCUGAGGUCACAAGGGAAGGUUUGUGAGUGGGAAAACAGUUGACAAUGUAGACAGUGUUAAGGUGACUUGAAAUGUUACACUCCUCACAGAGUAGCUUGUGUUCUGUUUGAACAUGUACACAGUAAACACUGCCUUAAUACUGUAUAAUGAAUGUCCUUGUAAAUAAUUUUAAUUGUUUGCAAUAAGUGAUGAACUAAUAUGUAAGUUAAAUUUCCUGAUCUCCCAGAAGCAAGUAUUAGACAAGAAAUAAAACCAAUCACUGAUUCCAUCCUCCGUGGCAAACUGAAGCUGCACGGAGCGACACGCUCCCUGCACUGCAGUACGUCUCCAUUAACUUUCUGAUAGGUGAGGCUCCUCCAUGUGCUUGUUGUGUAUGUGCCAAAACUAUUGUCUUCCUCGUAAGGCGACAGUGCUAUCAGUUGAAUCAGAAGUGACGUAACCUUUUACUAAAUUCUGGACUACUUCACGUUGUAUUGUUAGACAUUUAUGCAGGCUCAUUAAAGUACUGUGAACUGUGGGUCAAUGUAUGCUGUCUUGCUUAAUUUUUAGUUAUGUAUUACCUUCAUCAGUUGAUGAAUCAGAGCAUCUUGCAGUCUUUGUGCAGGUUUAGCCUUUUGUUUUUUCCAAAAUUUUCAGGGAAUCCAUGCCAUAUCACUGUAGCUGUCCCAUGGUAGAGGUCUGGUAGUCACUCACAGCCUGAGGUGAGGCAUUCAUGUAGGGAAGGCUACUGAAAAAUAGAUUGUUACACAAGUGUCCCAAAGUAACAAAUAUCAAUUUGUUAGAGAAAUAGACUUGCAAUAUUAGGUUAGGCUGUCUCUGCCGCACGGCACAAUGGGCUGCCGCCACUGCUGCCGAUCACAAGAGUCUUCUGGCAACCUUUGUGCAGAACUAACUGACUACUGUAGCUUAACACAUGACUAGUGUCUGUUCAUUGGUGCUUACCUCGUAGUCUGUCACACAACAAAUCUAUCUAUACCAGUGUAACGAAUAGGACGAGAGUACUGUACCUACACUAUGAUAGACUUAUGCUCAUUGAUUUAGGAUAAGGUGGAACUAAUAAGGGUAUAAUAUUGAGCUUGUUGAUAUGUAAUUUUUGUUGUGUUUGUAAUGAUUUGAGUGCCUUUAUGAUGUAAUUAAGAUGAUUUACCAUGACUUAAGUGUUUACACUCUUUUAUAGAUAUCAUUAUAGUACUUCAGUACUUCAAGAAGAAAGUUCAGGUUCCCACAAGUGCAUACUUUGAGUAGAGUGGUCAGCUGAUAGUGUUCCUAUUUUAAUUCUUAUGCUCCUCUCUGGUUGCAAUGCCCUAGUGAUUUAAGAAGCACUUACAAUCACGCUGAGGCCUUAUAUAGUUGAAGCACCUAAUGCCACUGGGAACAAGAGGUAUCAUGUAAAGAAACUCACACUCCCAAAAGUAAGAUGGUCAAAUUGUAAUGCGUCCCAUGUGCCAUGGCAGUGUGCCUUGCUGGCACACUGGUGUGCUGGGCACCGGCUGGCCCAGACCUGUUCCGUACACAGAUUCUUUGCUCUCCUGGUGAUGCAGUGCUUCUGUCGUCCGCAUGUGUGGUUGCACAAAGGAGAAGACCAGAGUGCAGAAUGAGGCGAGGCACAGCCCAGGACAGACUCAGACAGUGGAUGCCUGGCUUGCCUCACUCGCACUUGGCUCUUCUUUCAUUUCUCAGUCCACAUAGAAAAGUUGUCUUGGUUCCAUUUUAAAUCUUUGACAUGCAAGAUCUGAUAUUUUAUAAAAAAGAUAUAGUAAAUCCAUAUCA